UCGAUAUUCUCCUUGAAAAUGAUAUGAACCUCUUUUUGGUAGAUGUACUUCCAUGCCGUUAAGCGUUUCCAUCUAAACUUCCAUCUCUGCCCUUCUCUUCAGUACCUUCGCUCCGGCUCCGCUGUCGCCAACGCCACGGCUGCCCUCAACCGGUUCGAAUUGGGGAUAUACAGGAUUUAGAGAGUAAGGUGAGCUCUGAAUCAUGCAAACAGCUGCACAUCAUUCCAUAACCUGUUACUUACCUAGCAGGUAUCAUUCCACAAAAACAUGGAUGAAAAUUAGAAACCCAAAUCAAAUUCAAACCCAACUUUCCAAAAGACCUAAUUUGAUUAUUGGAGUUCAAAAUGGUCAGAAGUUCGGAUCUUUUAUCAGACCCACAUUGUUUCUUGACCCAAAAACCAAGAUUUUUGCAAUCCCAGAUGAUGGCCACCUGUCAUCUGUUUGUGUGUCAGAAGAUAACAAAAACCCAAACCCAAACCAAGAACCCGACCCGGAACCAUUAUUCAGCAAAUGGUCACCUCCAAGAUACCUAUGGAGAGGACUAUCCGUAUUCAUCUUAGCGGGUCAAGUAAUAAUCCGUAUCCUGAAAGGCAAAAUCCACUGGAUAAACACCCUCCAACAGCUAGAAAGAGUGGGUCCAAAAUCAGUAGGUGUGUGUCUGUUAACCUCAGCAUUUGUAGGCAUGGCCUUCACAAUCCAGUUUGUUCGUGAGUUCACCCGGUUAGGACUCAACCGGGCCGUGGGUGGGGUCCUAGCCCUAGCCUUCACCCGGGAGUUAUCCCCCGUGAUCACCUCCAUCAUAGUGGCGGGCCGUAUCGGGUCCGCAUUUGCUGCUGAAUUAGGAACAAUGCAAGUGUCUGAACAGAUUGAUACAUUAAGGGUUUUAGACACUGACCCUGUUGACUAUUUGGUUACCCCUCGAGUGAUUGCUUCUUGUGUGGCUUUACCCUUUUUGACCCUCAUUUGUUUCACUGUUGGGAUGGCUUCUAGUGCGAUUUUGGCUGAUGGGGUUUAUGGGAUUAGUAUUAAUAUUAUAUUGGAUUCGGCUCAAAGGGCACUUAGGUCAUGGGAUAUAAUUAGUGCCAUGAUUAAGAGUCAGGUUUUUGGAGGGAUUAUAUCAAUUGUCAGCUGUGCUUGGGGGGUUACUACUUUGGGUGGUGCUAAAGGUGUUGGUGAAUCCACUACUUCUGCUGUUGUUAUUUCGCUUGUUGGGAUUUUUAUAGCCGAUUUUCUGCUUUCUUAUUGGUUUUUUCAAGGAGCCGGUGAUUCUCUCAAGAAUUUGUAAUCUUUAUAUCUUUGUUUAUGUAAUGGAUUCAGUUGAGAUAUCACUUAAUUUGACAAGGUGUAUACGGGUAUUUCUUUUUUA